AGCUGCGCAUUAAACAGUCAUUCGCUCCCGCAACCUGUGCGACUAUAGGCUGCUACAGCGGCAGCAGCGUCACAGUGGGUACUGGCAAACGCUCGUCGAGGAUCGAGAUGAAAAUCAAUGCCAGCGUUCACUGUGACUAGAUGUCAGGAUUAACCAGCGUUUGUAAAUGCGCGUGUGUGAAGUGGCAUGGUGAGAAGCUCUAGGGUCAUGGCGGAGUACCAGGGAGAGUUUGGUAGUCCCUCCAGGGGCAGAGACAGCCCGAUCAAACAAAUGUCCAAUUUAAAUAUAAGUCCUCGACCCAAGAAAAGGGCAACGUCCCUGAAGAAACCUAAAAGACGAUUUUUUGAGAAUGUUGAAUUAGAAGAAAUGAGACCAAGGACAAGUAGUUUGCCUACACGGAAUGACUUGAAGAAGCCAGUGAAGUAUUUGUCUCCUUACAGCGAAUGUGCGGAAUAUGACAGUGUUUAUACUCUGAGGUCAUUUGUGACCACUUCUAAAGGACGUGUUGUGAACAGGGGGGACUCGCUCCGGUCAAGGAGUACAAACAGUGUGCUGAGUUCUGGCAGCGGGAGCAUGACAGAGUUGACCCCCCUGUCUCGGACGUCCAGCUCGCUCUCCCAGACCAGCGUGGCCAACAGCACUGGCUCGGCUUUCGGGAUUAACCCUUUCAAAGUGUUAGUUGUCGGUAGUAUGGGGGUGGGCAAAACGUCCAUUGCUCGCCAGUUCACAACGUCUGACUACAUGGGGGACAUCGACAUCAGUAUAGAUGGGGAGAGGGAAAGAAUUGUGUCAGUUUUACUAGAUGGAGAAGAAUCAACAAUAGACUUUCUAGACCCAGACUCGGAUGAAACAGACUGGCGCGGCCACUCAGAGGGGGGUGUGGACGCCUUCGUGGCGGUCUUCAGCAUAGACGAGCGGGGAACCUUCGAGAAAGCCACAGACCUGUUGUUUGAGAUUCGACACGUGGAUAAGCUGGACACGGCCAUCAUCCUCGUAGCCAAUAAAUGUGAUCUGGUUAGAACCCGUGAAGUCUCAAUAGAAGAGGCCAAGAGUGUUGCCAAAACCUACGACUGCAAGUACACGGAGACGUCUGUCGUCCUCAACCACAACGUGGAUGAACUGUUGGUGGGCAUCGUGAGCCAGAUCCGACUGAAGCGGAAGGUGAACGCCAAGAGGAGGGACGGCAAAGAUGAAGGGUGUUACUCCAAGAGCAAACAACUCCUGACGAAAAUAUUCAAAAAAGAGCAUGUCACAAAAUCAUGUGAGAAUCUGUACGUGUUGUAGAAAGUGAGAACAUGUAAGUGUGCUGGAAUGUGGGAAUUGGUACGUGUUGUAGAAGGCGAGCAUGUGUAUGAAGUGAGAGAAUAUGUGUUUGGUAUUGGAUGUGAGAAUCGAUAGGUGUUCUGGAAUGUGAGAAUCUAUAUAUGUGUGCUUGAAUGUGAGAAUAUGUUUAAGAAGGCGAGUAUGUGUAUGGUUUGUAGAGCGUGGGUAUAUAUAUAUGUGAUACAGAACGAGCAAUAUGUUUGUGGUGUAGGAUGUGACAAUAGCUAUGGAAUUAAUGCAUGCAAGUGGUAGAUACAUGAGAAUAUUAUGUAUGUGUUAAAAUGAAUAACCUGGGCCUAUUCACCGCCGUAACUUUCGCUUCAGUCACUUUCGCUUUGAGUGACUUGACUCUUGAAUUAGACAUCUAUGUAUUUUGCGUGAUGGAAGGCGACACCAUAGGUUCUCUGACUCACCUCUCCUUCUUGUCUUCAUCACAUCCCGGAUGGUGUACAUCCGGGUCACCCCAUCGUUUAGAAAUCUUCUGAUUGGAUUAUACGCCUGGUAACAUGGGUAUUUAGAGCCAGACACAGAAGCCGAGGGAAAUGCAGUGCAAAACCUGCGAGGCGAACGAUUGUAUGUAAUUCUCCGUUAUUGGGGAUGAGUUUCUCUAUGUGCUGAAGGCCGCAGCCAGAAUCCCUCACAUCCCCAAAGCAAUGAAUUGCCAAAUAUGUAUAAGCUGCAUUGAAAUCUACUGAUGUGUGCGUGCUGAAUGUGGCUAUAGCACGUCGACCAAGAGUAGAACUUUGGUGGCGAGGGUUGAAUAUGACAUCAGUUGGCGGUUACGGUUGAAUGACUUUGGUGCUUGAAUCCGGCGUGUACUUGAUGGUUGGAAUUGAAUGCACGUGCUUGAUUGUUAUGGUUGAAUGAGACGUGUGUGUGAUGAUUGAAUUGAUGUUGAGGUUCAAUGUGACACGUGUUUGAUGGCUGGGUCUGAACACUUGUGUUUUGUGGUUGAGGUUGACUGUGACACGUGGUUGGUGGUUGAGGUUGAAUGUGACACGUGGUUGGUGGUUGAGGUUGAAUGUGACACGUGGUUGGUGGUUGGGGUUGACUGUGACACGUGUUUGGUGGUUGAGGUUGACUGUGACACGUGUUUGGUGGUUUGGGCUGAAAAUGUCACGGUGUUUGUGGUGGGAGUUAGUGUAACACAUGUAUGGUGGUAGUAUGAAAGUGAUACGUUUUCGAAUUCGGCCUUUGGGCAAAUAAGGAUUAUACAAAUAUUGAAUUAAGAGCGAGAUUAUUUUCUAGUCAGUCACGUGUCGUGGUGUGUAUACGUGUAUGUACAAUGUUCACAGCUCAUCUUUAGAAAUCCAGUUGGUUGCAGCAUGAACUGUGACCUCAUUGGGAGCCUAACUGGGUUUGGUUAAACAGUGACGCCACGGGUAACCAAGUCAUUCCUUUGAAGUUGCGAGCUCAGUUGGUGUUGGGGCGCAGCUUGUUUACACUUGUAUGUGUCAAUGGUAGAUAGGUCCUUGUCAGUAAAUAUAGCAGCAUCUCAUCAGGACUGAGCGUGGGAACCUGUACAUUAUGGUUCUGUUAGUGUUGUAUGUUGCUAGGGUGAUGUCUGUUGCUAUGGCGACGUCCAUACAACGGCCUACUAAGUUUAUGGCUGCUUUUUUUAAUUGAAAGUGCCUUUGAGAAUACAUCUUCCAUGGGUUGCCUCUGCAUUGUAACAAGCGCAUUUCAAUAGUAGAGGCUGUAUAGGCUGUUGAAAGUUGGUGAAGGCUGCGAUGACGCGCUUGUUUCAAUGGCCUUCUUCCACGUUACGUUUCUUCUAAUCGACGUCUGUUUGUAAUAUAGCAUUCAUUGUGUGUAGAUUGAUCUUAGCUCACCUUAACGUGUAUCUAACGCCUCGUUCAACCAGCAACAGUUGGUGAAUGUCUGGUCACUCGUUAUUGUCCUCUCAACAUACGUGUUUCACUGUUUGGAUUAGCUGUCUGUGUUGUCGUAAUGUUUAAACAUACACAUACAAUGUAUAUCGGAUGUUGUACGUUGCAUGGUUGUGAAUUGUCGAUAUUCCAAGUGCGUUAAUUAACACAUGAAGAGAAGGCCUGUUCAUACUUAGGAUGGCUGAAGUGGGGUUUACAUAUUCGCGAAUCUUACAACAUGAAACAAGGGUCGGUUGGUGCAUAAUGUCUUAGGGUGUAUUGUCCAAAGUGUCUUGAACUAAAUUAAGACAUUUUCGUUAAUUCAUUCCCGAUAUGAGACUUGCUCACAGUUUCUUUUUGUUUCUUUGUUGUCGUUUUUGCUGGUUGUCUGGUUGACUGGGUCAAUCUUCACACCCUCAAGCCCCCCCCAUUCUGAUAUUGCAUAUAUUGGAUGGAUUGUCUGCAGGCAGCGUGUACAGUCCGUACAAAUGUACUGUCUUCCGUGUGUGUGUACUGCUGCAGAUAUUGAACUUACAGACUGUAGGUAUUGAACGUACAGUCUCUAGGUAUUUAACGUACAGUCUCUAGGUAUUUAACGUACUGUCUGCAGAUAUUAAACGUACAGUCUCUAGGUAUUGAACGUACAGUCUCUAGGUAUUGAACAUACUGUCUGCAUAGUUGGAAGAUAUAAUUCGUUUUGAGUACUGUCUGUAGGUAUUGAAAAUACUGUCUGCCGCCUGAUCUUCUCCUGGGACUGUAUAUGUGAUGUCUUGAAAUUGAUUGGCAAUGUCUUCUUGUGUUUUAAGUUUACAUCAAAUAGACGUAGAUGUGUGUGCUUCUUCGGAGCCCGCAGUUUGUGAUCAGGUGAAUGUAUCUACAGCCAGGUUGUGACCGCCGCGAUGCCUCUACAGCCGCCUUACAGGGACAUAUACGUCACAAUACAGAGUUAACAAGAUACUAGACAAUGUGUUAACAAGGUACUAGACAGGGUGUUAACAAGGUACUAGACAGUGUGUUAACAAGGUACUAGACAGGGUGUUAACAAGGUACUAGACAGCGUGUUAACAAGGUACUAGACAGCGUGUUAACAAGGUACUAGACAGUGUGUUAACAAGGUACUAGACAGCGUGUUAACAAGGUACUAGACAGUGUGUUAACAAGGUACUAGACAGUGUGUUAACAAGGUACUAGACAGGAUGUUAACAAGGUACUAGACAGUGUGUUAACAAGGUACUAGACAGCGUGUUAACAAGGUACUAGACAGUGUGUUAACAAGGUACUAGACAGUGUGUUAACGAGGUACUAGACAGGGUGUUAACAAGGUACUAGACAGUGUGUUAACAUGGUACUAGACAGUGUGUUAACAAGGUACUAGACAGUGUGUUAACAAGGCACUAGACAGUGUGUUAACAAGGUACUAGACAGUGUGUUAACAAGGUACUAGACAGUGUGUUAACAAGGUACGAUACACAAUAUGGCCACACAUGACUGUCUCCUUGGGCUACUAGGUGACACAAUGGACACGAUAUUGCCAAACCUCACUCUGGUAUCUAUCGACCAGACACGGUUUGUAUCUUCAAGAACCGAUUCAAGCCUUGCUACACUAUUCCAAAACCUUAAUGUCGUUUGCCAUAGAUUCGAAAUAUGUUUCGUACUGUUGACUGUAUGUUUUGUCCCUUAUUCUGGUUUAACACAAUGCCUCCUUCGUUUGUCUUUGAAUAACGACAGCUUCACCCAAGAAUCAUUAAACAACCCCGGGCCUCUCAAAGUUGUAGCUUCAUAUUCAAAUCUGCAUCCUCGACUCCACCCCUCCCCCGAAAACAGCGUUCAUUUCCCACCCCCCUAAAUAUAUAAACAAGCACUCCUCAUUACAUAUUGUUGCAUCACAAUUUACACCUCCACUUUUAUUUCACCGUGGCAUAGUACAUUUGUAUUUAACCAAGAGAAGCAGCCAUGUGCCCAUAGCCUCCACAUCUGUUCCUGUUAGCAUCAAUUUGUCCGGCAAUGUCCAUAUCUGUUCCUGUUCGCAUCAAUGUGUCGAGUAAAGCUGUCGUUUCCGUUGCCUGCUAUUUUCCAUUGCCAUAUAUUAUGGAAUAUUCUAUUUUACUGUACGUAUUGCCACGUCAGUGGUUUGUCAUGGGUAUUUGGAAAUUCACUGGCUUCAAUAUAUUGUAAAGCAGUUAAGGCUGAUGUUGUCGAAUAUGUAUGAACAAAAUAUUGUAUAUUUUCAACAGUUUAUUAUCCUAAACAAAAUAAAUUCGUGAAUAAAACAUUGCUCAU